AUGGAUCAGGACCUCCAACAAGGCGAUGACACAUCCGUCCACGUCAAGCCCUCUAGUUAUGGCCGGCGUAGCAGUAGUGGCAUCGGAAAACGAGCUGCUGUUACUCCUCCUACGCCAUCAACAACAACAACAACAGCUCCACCAUGUGGUGCAUGCAAGUUCUUAAGAAGGAAAUGCAUUAGUGGGUGCAUCUUUGCACCAUAUUUUGGAUCAGAUCAAGGUGCAGCUCGCUUCGCUGCAGUCCACAAGGUGUUUGGUGCAAGUAAUGUUUCGAAGCUUUUGUUGCGUGUCCUUCCAAACCGACGACAUGAUGCAGUUCUCACCAUUUCUUAUGAGGCUCAAGCUAGGUUGUCUGAUCCUGUUUAUGGAUGUGUCUCUACAAUACUUGCUUUGCAGCAACAGGUGGCCUCAUUGCAAGCCGAGCUCUCUGCUGUGCAUAACCAGCUGAUGAGCAGUAGGUUAGCCAUGGUGAAUGCUCUUCAGAGCAUACAGCAGCAUCAACAGAAUCAGCCUCUUCAUCAACCACCAAAUUUUGCAGUGCUUCAGCCGGCUUACUCUAAUAAUUCGUCGGUCUCCAACAAUCUUGUCAACCUCAGCAGCUUAUCUUCCAAUUUCGACAUUGCAGUUGAGACGACUGCACCAUCGUCCCGUAGCUUUGACCCUCUUCAGCUCUCCCGGCUUUCACAGGAGGAAGAGGAUGAGGAAGAUGAGACCCAUAAUCCAGCUGCUCUCGCCAAUCAGAUACUUCACCAGAAAUAA